UGGUGGUGGUGAUGUCGGGUGGGCGGAGUCGGAGGAUGGCAGCAGCAGCAAAACACGGACGGACAGUUGAAAAGCUUCCCUCCGGAGAUGCGUACAAUUAAUAAUAACAACAAUAAUAAUCCCCUCGGUUUAACGAAAGAUAAGUGUUUUUCGAGAGUUGAAAGGCAAGAUGUCAGAGUUAACAAAAGUUCAAACCCCAAUUAUCCCGGGAGCACAAAUUAUUAAAGUUGAGAUGCAAGACCCGGAUAACCCACUACAUCAACUCCAUCCCUCUGAAGAUGUUCCAGAACCUGAAGGACUUUCCGUCGAGGUGGAAAUGACGACUCAUGACCAAACUGAGGACGAUGACGAUGGCGAAGAAGUAGAAGAAGAAGACGAUCCUCCUCCAGACGACGACGAAGAAGAGGAUGAGACCCCAGCAGCACCGAUAACGGCAACACCAAAUCUGACGACGACAACCAUCGCACCUGCUCCUUUUGCUGGAGGACGAAAACAACAAUCUCCUCCGACUCAGCAACAGCAGCAACAUCACCAAGUUCAGCAAAAAUUUCAAGAUGUUCGAGUUGAUAAUUGGGGAAAUUACUGUUUACAGAGGUUGCAGGUUAUGUUUGAAAGGGGAGAUUUCUGUGAUUUGACUUUACAGUUUCAUACAAAUCAACUAUUAAAGGUCCAUCGUGUCGUUGUCAAUCUUUGUACGGAAUACUUUGCAAAUUUAGAGAGAUUAUUUGGCCUUACGGAUGGAGUCUUAGUGUUACCCAAAGAUGUAGAGUAUCAAGCAAUGGUUACGAUUGUGACGUUUUUUUAUACGGGAAAAUUAGAAAUUCGUGGAAAUCAAUUUAAUGAAGUUUACAGAACGGUGAAACUUAUGAACAUCACAAUACUUAUUAAGCUCUUGGAAGCUCAUGCUAGGAAACCAACAGUUCAAGCUAAGAAGGAACAAAGUCGUCCAAUAAUAUUCAAACAAGCGGUUGAGAUAGGAAGACCUUUAGCCAAAGCCCAAGUUUCGCCAGCUGGAGGUGGAAUUCAAAUGACAGGGACCCCUGUAAGAAUAGGGGGAACGACGACACUCUCAAUUGCUGGAGCUGGAGGAACAAAAACUUUGCAAGUGACAACUCCGGGUGCAAAACUUCCUCCCGGGAUUAAAACUAAAACGGUCUUGGCUCGUGUACAACCUCAAGGAAUGAGACUAAAUCAACAAGGCGGACUUUCCAGGGUCAUGCAUUCCAAAAAAUUGCCUAUUUGGAAGGAAAGAAAAUAUCCUGGAGACAACAUGAUGGUAGCAGACAAGUGGCAUGGGAAAGAUGAACCUGCUCGGCCGACUCGGUUUGAAUGGGGUGAUCCAGAUGACGAUCCUCUUUCGCUUGCCCCUGCGAGCGUAAUUAGCCACACAUUAAUGGAAAAACAAAAGUCUGCCAAUAGUACUCGAAAAGUGGAAGACAUUUUUGACGCUGUUAAAACACAAACUCUUGGCAAACGGAGUGCUGAAAGCUUGAAGAUGCAGGAUAACCGUCCUCUUAAAACUAGUAGGAUUAUGAUUCCGUCAUCAGAAGUAAUUAUAUCAUCACAGAACGUAAAUGAUGAUGUUAAUCUUACGGACGAUACUGUCGAAGAAGAAGUCUGCACGACGGAAGUUAGUAUGGCCUCGUCCCUUGUAGCCAAGAAUCAUACUCCAACUUUGAAACCAGCAAUAAAAACAUUGCCUACACUUACUCGUCUCACUCCGAUGGUUGGCAAGAAUGAUCCAAAUCUUGGGGCGUUGGGAAAAAGUUCUGAGACCCCUUCAUUUAGUGGCUCGAGAACCCACUCUAAGACCGUUAGAUUUGCCCCGGAAGUUGAGAAGGAAAACAGUAAAACCACCAACACUCAUACGGCAGAAUUAUCUAUAGAAGAAGACAUAGCUUCCAGCCAUUCAAAAAUUAUUGCUGAAGUGUUGAAGAAGUAUCCCGAUCUGAUCAAGGAAAAACAAAAUAUCAGACUCAAAAUUGUUCAGAAAGGAGCAGAAUCGUCCUCAUCAAAAGAUAAAUCUAAAGUUUCAUACAUCGUGUUAAAGUCAACUUCAUCACCUGAAGCACUUGGAGCUGUUUUGUUGAAAAAGCCAAACCACACCACUACUAAUAAAGCAUUCUGGGACAAUAGUUUGGAGAAGGAUAAAAAACCUUCUGGUGCAGAAAAUACAACUGGGCCUUGGUUGUGUUAUGCUGAAAACUGUAAGAUGAAACAGGUGUGUGGAGGAGAUGAUGAUGAAACCCCAAUGGUUUUCGAAUCCUAUUAUGCUUAUCGUCGUCAUUUAGUGGAUGUUCAUGGUGAAAGGAUUGAUGCACGAAUAUGUGAGUACUGUGGCCAGAAAGCUUCAAAACGGAAUUUACUGCUGUACCAUUUAUAUACAAAACACGGUGUCAACCCACCCAAAAAUAUGAAUUUCCCAAACUGCGAUAGAUGUGAUUAUAUUGCCCUAAGUGAAUCUUUACUAAGCAAACACAAACUAACUCAUGAUGCAACAAAGGAAUUCAGUUGUCAGAUUUGUAGUGCUUCCUUCAAAUCUAGCGGAGCACUGCAAGGUCAUAUGUCAGCUAAUCUUCAUAGAAAUAAAGAUACAAAAGUUUACGAGUGUCCGUACUGCAGAAAACCAUUUGUUAGAAAUAUAAAUUUAAAGGGUCAUAUACGAUCAUUACAUCGAGAUAUUGCUCGAAUAGAAGAAAUGGAUGACCCCCGUCUUCCACAUGACGAAACACUAGUUAAUCGUGUCAACAUGUCAUUUAAUACAGCAAACCGGAAACGCCAAUUUCCUUCAAUUCUUGGGUCAAGACCUGUUCCGUUGGAAAUACUUCCUGGUGAUGGUCAACAACAAGUCAGUCUUGUCACAGCGGAUGGACAUACUAUCGAAAUUCUUCAUGGUGGUUUGGAUCCCUCCAUGUCCGUACCAAUGGCACUUGUGCCGUCGUCUGAAGCUGAAGCGAUGUCUAAUGUCGCAAGUUCUAUUGCUGCAUCUCUUGGCCUUGAACAAGGCGUCCAUGGAACUACAGAGUUUAUUACUGGUGAUGGAUCUCAAGCAGUGUAUAUUAUGGAUAAUUCCCAGCCUGCUGUUGAAGUUGACAUGUCCGCCAUGGGAUUGGGAGAUGGAACUAUGAUAUAUGAUGGAGACGAUCCAAAUUCACAAGGACCUUUCAUAGUGCAAGAUAUUCAUGGGAAAAUAUUCCGUAAAAUGACGGGCAUCGAUGAGACGGGAAAACCGGUAAUAUUCUUCCAACUUAGCGAAGACCAUGGUCAAAUGACUAAUAGCAUUCUUGAGGAUGGUAUUCAAAUGGCAACAGAAAAUAGCUCUGUGUUUGUUUCCUCCGAUGUUAAUGUACCUGUGACAUCUGACAGCGGAAGCGGUGAACCUGACGACGGUGUUUAUGACUUGGUUUCAAAUCAGGACCAAGAAUCUCAAGUUAUCAUUUCUCAUCCGGAUAUGACGAACUCUGAUCAUGAAGGAGAAGAGGUAAAGGAAGAGGUUUACGAAGAAGAAAUCAUUCAACAACACAUUGAAUCUAGCAGUAGUAGUAGUGAGGUUCAAGAAUUACACGUUGUUCUUGAACAAAAUACUAGUGAUAAUGCUGCGACCGCGCUGCAAGGUGAACACGAAGCAUCCUCACGGGCCGAUCACCUCGAUGAAACGUAUUCGCAGCAUGCUGAAGAUAAUGAUCAAGAAACAAUGAUUGACCACGGUGAAAAUGAACAAUUUCAAGGAGAUGAAAGUAAUGUUAUGAUAGUUGCAGAACUUGAUGAGGAUCACCAUCAUCAUCAUCAGUCUGUAAGCAGUGCAAAAGAAGUGGAAGCAGGGAAUGAUACAAAGGUGGGGGUGGACGAUUCUCAGGUCAGAGCUGAGCAGGAAGAGGAUACUCAAUUAGUACAAGAAGACAACAUUCACGAACAACAAACACAAGUUGUUGAGGUUGAUGAACCUCAGGUCUCAGAGACAGAGACGGAAGAACCAGAGUUAGUUGUUGAACAGCAAGUUGUGAAAGAAGAACAGUAGACAAACUGUCUGUCACAGACACCUCGUUCGUAGCUUAACUGAAUUAUAAUAUAUAUGACCAGUCAACUCGUUUUGAAUUUUGAUAGAUAUGUAUGUAUUUACAUUUAUGGUCCUAACUUUACAAUACCACAAAUACAAUUAUUGUUGUUGUCGUGCAAUUAAGUCAAUAGGUAGGUUUGAAUUUAAAAACUAGACUAGCUCUGGAUCAAGUACUUUUAGAAUAGCCAUCAUAAAUUUCGGGCUGAUUUAUUUGAAAGUAUAUGACCUUGUCUACACAAUUAGUUUAUUUUUGUCUUUAUGAUGCAACUAUUAUCAUAUAUGUCUUAAUCUCCGACAUUUUAAUUACUACUACUACGUUCCAAACCCAUAAGUAAUUACUAUAUUGUUAUAUUGCGUAGUACUAGAAAAACUUGAAUAAACCAUGAUCUUUAAAAA